GGGAUUUGCACAUUUGUUGCGUUAACUGGCAUUUACUUGCUUAUGUUAUAUUAAUUAUUUAUGAGAACAUUUCGUAAUCACCGAUAAGAUUGUUUGUUUUACCAAUUGUUACGCUUGCAUAUGUGGUGAUCAGAUUGUUUUGUCACUAAGAAAUAUUUGUACAUCAUUAUCGAAGUGUGAAUUCAGUGUACAUAACGUAGUAAUAAUAAUAAUAAUAAUGGCUGAACGUAAGUAUUCUGAUAUUCAAGAUAUUAUCAAUGGGCAAAGACAAUAUUGCGAAUUGCUGAAGAAUACUAAAGACGUGGUAUUUGGUUUGAAUGACGAGAACUGUGCACUAGUGACUGAACUUCGCCAAGAAGUUGGUUCAAUGACAACUGGAAUUAGUCGCUUGAGGAUAGUUUUGUCUGAAAUGAAAACUGAAAACGAAAAACUGCAGGCUGCAAUAUGUAAACUUCAAUUGCUAGAGAAAUUCGUGGAUGAUAUAGAGGACCACCCAGACUUUCAAAGAAUAUUUUGUUCUGUGAAGAAGGAACCUGCCAUGGUGCCAAUGUCAGAAAGCAGACAAUCCAAGAGACCAGUUUCAUUAAUCCCAGGGAUAACAAUUGCUGAACUUGAAAAUGUACCAUAUUACACAAGAGGACGCAUCAAAGUAGAGGAUGUAAAUGAUUUUAUUUCAUCUCUGAAUUCUACAAUAUCAAAAAAAUAUAGUAUUGUGAGAAAUCGUAAUAAUUUGAAAUAUGAAGAUAAAUUAUUACAGAAUGUAUAUAAACAACAAGAACGAUUAUGUCCAGGACUGACAUUCUUCACUGAAGAUGACCUAAAAAAGUUUGGUUUUCUUCGUACAUCUUUGGCUGUGAGCAAGCUGAUAAAUAUUUUGCGUUCUACUCAGCGAAUCAAGGAAAUACGUUCUGAUGGCUUUGUGCGUUAUGUUGUAAAUGACAUGUAGAUGCUUUUGUAAGUUCUGAAAAUGUUGAAAGAUGUAUUUACAUUUGCAUGCUAAAAAAUGGAUAAUUGUAAAUUAAAGU